AUGGCUCUCCUACGACACUGGGCAUCGCACCCAAGGUUAAACGAAGACCUACGGGCUGCAUCCAUCGAGCUCAUUGGAACAACGGUAUUUCUACUUCUCGCCUUGGGCGCCAUCCAAUCUGCAAAGCUCUCCGUCGUCGCCACCCAGGGUCUCCAAGUCGCAGAAUAUGGACCGCACUCUAUCGACCAUAAUGUAUACAUCUCCGCGGCUGCCGGUGUUGCACUUCUUGGGAGUGCGUGGAUGUUCUAUCGAACGACUGGCGGGCUGUUUAAUCCGUCCGUCAGUCUCGCGCUGCGACUCAUCGGCCAGAUCAGCACUCGGAGAUUCGUCUUCUACGUGGUAGCGCAGCUCAUUGGCGCAGUCGUCGCCUCUGCCCUCAUACUCGGCCUCACCCCCGGACCACUGCUCGUAAAGAACAAGUUGGGAGAAGGCGUCAACAUGGUUCAAGGUCUCUUCAUCGAGGUCAUAUGCACCGCCAUUCUCUUGCUCUCCAUCCUCAUGCUCGCAGCGGAGAAGAUUACGUUCACUGGUGCAUCGCUUAACCCUGCCCGGUCAUUUGGGCCAUCGGUCGUUGCGGGAUUUGGCAAGGAGCACUGGAUAUAUUGGAUUGGCCCGCUCCUUGGAAGCUGCCUCAGUGUAGCAUUUUACGCUUGGCUCAAACACACGAGAUAUUGGACAAUCAAUCCAAAUCAGAUGGAGACGCAGCACAAGUACUCGCCAGAGGAUCCCAUCAACGAAGUGGAGAGAGGGGUUCGAGACGAUGAAGCUAAAAGCGGGGCCAAACGUCACCACGGAGCGCCAGAUGCAGUCGGUCACGGAGUCGCCCCUCGCAAGGGAGACGAGAUGAUCUGA